GGCUCCGCGGGGGCGAGUGGUCGACCCCUGGGGCCGGGCGGACGCACGGCGAGACCGAACAGCAGCGCGGAGAGUCGACGCCCCCGGCCACUCGGGCCCCGCGGGCUCUGAAAGGGCCGGGCCGCCGGAGAGCGAGCGGGAGCCCGCGGGCCUGACAAGCCGCGGACGCGCAGGGAGCCCCAUCUCAGAAGCCAUCGAUCCCCGGGGUCGUCCCCGGCCCUGGGGGGGGGCGGGGCGCAGGCGGACCAUGCCCAGCCUGCCGGCCCUGCUUGCCUUGCUGUUCGCCUGCUGGGCCCCACUCCAAGCCGCAGCCAGCUCCUGGUGGUCCUUGGCGAUGAGCCCGGUGCAGAGACCCGAGAUGUUCAUCAUCGGGGCCCAGCCUGUGUGCAGCCAGCUCCCGGGGCUGUCCGCCGGCCAGAGGAAGCUCUGCCAACUCUACCAGGAGCACAUGGCCUACAUCGGGGAGGGCGCCAGGACGGGCAUCAGGGAGUGCCAGCAUCAGUUCCGGCAGCGCCGUUGGAACUGCAGCACCGUGGAUGAUGCCUCCGUCUUUGGGAGAGUCCUGCAGAUCGGGAGCCGGGAGACGGCCUUCACCUACGCUGUGAGCGCAGCCGGGGUGGUGAAUGCUAUCAGCCGCGCCUGCCGUGAGGGCGAGCUGUCCACCUGUGGCUGCAGCCGGGCCGCACGGCCCAAGGACCUGCCCCGGGACUGGCUGUGGGGCGGCUGCGGCGACAACGUGGACUACGGCUACCGCUUCGCCAAGGAGUUCGUGGACGCCCGCGAGCGGGAGAAGAACUUCGCCAAGGGCUCGGAGGAGCAGGGCCGCGUGCUCAUGAACCUGCAGAACAACGAGGCAGGCCGGAGGGCUGUGUACAAGACGGCAGACGUGGCCUGCAAAUGCCAUGGCGUCUCGGGGUCCUGCAGCCUCAAGACCUGCUGGCUGCAGCUGGCCGAGUUCCGCAAGGUGGGGGACCAGCUGAAGGAGAAGUACGACAGCGCGGCCGCCAUGCGCAUCACCCGCCGCGGCAAGCUGGAGCUGGUCAACAGCCGCUUCAAGCCGCCCACCCCUGAGGACCUGGUGUACGUGGACCCCAGCCCGGACUACUGCCUGCGCGACGAGAGCACGGGCUCGCUGGGCACUCGGGGCCGCCUGUGCAACAAGACGUCCGAGGGCCUGGACGGCUGUGCGCUCAUGUGCUGCGGCCGCGGCUACGACCAGUUCAAGAGCGUUCGGACCGAGCGCUGCCACUGCAGGUUCCACUGGUGCUGCUUCGUCCGCUGCAAGAAGUGCACGCAGGUCGUGGACCAGUUUGUCUGCAAGUAGCUGCGGCUGCUGCCUGCUCCUCUGAGCGGGGCCGGGAGUCCAUGGGAUAUAAAUCUAUAUAAAUAUAUUUUAUAUUUGUAAAAAGGAAAGGCUGGAUGGUAAAUAAUUAAAAGAAGACAACAGAAAGGAGAAGCUUAUUUAAGAGAUGCUGGAGAUCUUUGAGGAUUGGGGGUCUCUGCUCCCAGUGGGUGGGACGUGGGCUUUGUCUCCUGCCCUAGCGGGGCCUCUCUAGAGGUGGGGGCUUGGGAAUGUUCAUGGCCUACCCGACGAGGCCUUGAGGACAGAGAGGGUGCUCGGAGGGAGAAGUGGAUGGCAUCUGGAGUCCUUGUUGGGUGGGUGAUGGCCCUGCGACCCUAGCUGCUAAGCCAGGCAGCCCCUUGGAUGGUGACGGGAACUCAGCCUCACCCCUGGCAUCUUCUGGGUCUCCAGCAGAACACCGACUGGUUCCAUGAGAGGCCCGGUGCCUUCUCACAUAUUCGUCUGUGUGUGCUUGCAGAAUCCACAGUUACAGGAAAGAGGAGAGGCCCCUUGUCACCUCUGAUGGCUGGACCAGCUCCUCCCCUGACACUGGGGCCCGUCUUUCCAGCGAGAGAUUUUCUUACUCCAGGGUUCGCGGGCUCCCACCUCGGCUCCCACAGCAUCUGUGCCCGAGCUGCAGAAAGCCAGGUGGUGCCCAGUCAGGUGGUCGCACCGGGCUCCCGCACCGCUGGGAACAGAUGCUCUGAUACUUCCGUUGGCCCUCCCUGUCAGGGAGGCCGGGGCCGACAGGGGCCGGCUCCUGGCAUGGGCUCGGCUCUGCCCCGGAUGUGGCUCCCU